AUGGGAUUCUUCAAGAAGCGGGUAUGUCGGGUACUCAAGGGCAUAAAUCCUCCUCCGAUGUUGCUUGUGUCCACGGACGGACAUGUAACUCACUCAAGCGACGUACUCUACGCAACGCCGACCCACCCCGACCAGAUCGUCCCGAUCGAGUCGGACGGCGAGGUAGCCGUCGAGGACGAGAGACGGCACGUGAUGGCCUUAGUGAAGAUCAAGCCAAGUGGUUUGACGUUCGGAUGCAUCCUGACGGUUGUAGAGGACCGGUGGGUGCUCACUGCUGCGAGCUGCUUGGAUUCUAUCGAAGAGGUCGACUCUCUAGACAACUUUGUCAUAAUGGACAACUACGACGCCCUCAACAAGGGUCGAUCUCACGCCGUGACCGAUGUGCGGGUACAUCCCCUCUACGAGGGCGGCAACAAGUCUUACGACCUGGCGCUGCUGCGGAGUGAGGACGGGCUGGGCAGGCCCCCGGUCAAGAUGGCGUCGCUUUUGGAUUACUUCAAGCUGCCGAUGGGGGAGGCGGGGAAUAUACUGGGCUUUGGGAGGUUUAGAACAAUAGACCAGAGCGUACCACAGCAAAUCCACUCCGCUGUCGUCCACAUCCUCCCCUCCUCGCACUGCAUACCCCCCGAUUCCCUGACCCUGGAGCGCCACCUGAUCCCGCUCGAGCCUGUAGGGCACGGGCGCUGCGGUCUCGCGCCGCUCUGUCUCGGCGUGCUGCACGCGCGCGGCGCGCCGUGCAACUUCUGCGCAGGCGCGCCGCUUCUGCGCGCGGGCACGCUGCUCGGCGUCAUGGCGGACAACGAGCAGUGCGGCGCGGCGUGCGAGCCGGCGCUUUAUGCUAACGUCGCCGCACAUCAACAAUGGAUAUACGCUAGUGUUAGCUAG